ACUUCAUUCACUUGCAAAUCAGUGUGUGCCCACAAGAGCCAGCUCUCCCAAGCCCCAUAACCUUCCCAUCCCAAGAGCUGCAGUUUCAGCCGCGGCAGCAAGAACCGCAGAGCAGGCAAGCACAGCGGAGGAGGCACGAGCAGCCUGAGCGGGUGGCAGGGUCUCCCCGGGAGCAGGAAGGCAAGCAGAGAUAUCCUCUGAGAGCCAAGCAAAGAGCAUUUAAGAAAGAAAGGAGGAAUGAAGCUGGAUACAGUGCAGUGAAAAAAAUCACUGGGAGAAGAGAAGUACCCACUGCCCAGGGACUGGACUGAGUCAUCAGAAUGAGAACUUACCGGUACUUCUUGCUACUCUUUUGGGUUGGUCAGCCCUACUCAACUUUCUCAACUCCAUUAUCUCAGAGGACUAGUGUUUUCCCAGCGAAGAAAAGGGCCCUGGAGCUCUCUGGGAACAGCAAGAAUGAGCUGAACCGUUCGAAAAGGAGCUGGAUGUGGAAUCAGUUCUUUCUCCUGGAGGAAUAUACUGGAUCCGAUUAUCAGUAUGUGGGCAAGUUACAUUCAGACCAGGAUAGAGGAGAUGGAUCACUUAAAUAUAUCCUUUCAGGAGAUGGAGCAGGAGAUCUCUUCAUUAUCAAUGAAAACACAGGGGAUAUACAGGCCACCAAGAGGCUGGACAGGGAAGAAAAACCUGUUUACAUCCUUCGAGCUCAAGCUAUAAACAGAAGGACAGGGAAACCUGUAGAGCCUGAGUCUGAAUUCAUCAUCAAGAUCCACGACAUCAACGACAAUGAACCAAUAUUCACCAAGGAGAUUUACACGGCCACUGUUCCUGAAAUGUCUGAUGUCGGCACAUUUGUUGUCCAAGUUACUGCAACUGAUGCUGAUGAUCCAACUUAUGGGAACAGUGCGAAGGUUGUGUAUAGUAUCCUACAGGGGCAGCCCUAUUUUUCAGUGGAAUCAGAAACAGGUAUCAUCAAGACAGCUUUGCUCAAUAUGGAUCGAGAAAACAGGGAGCAGUACCAAGUGGUGAUUCAAGCCAAGGACAUGGGCGGCCAGAUGGGAGGAUUAUCUGGGACCACGACCGUGAACAUCACGCUGACUGAUGUCAACGACAAUCCUCCCCGUUUUCCCCAGAGUACAUACCAGUUUAACACCCCUGAAUCUUCCCCACCGGGUACACCAAUCGGCAGAAUGAAAGCCAGCGAUGCCGACGUGGGAGAAAAUGCUGCAGUUGCAUACAGCCUUACCGAGGGAGAGGGGCUGGACAUGUUUGAUGUCAUCACUGAUCAAGAAACCCAGGAGGGGAUUAUAACUGUCAAAAAGCUCUUGGACUUUGAAAAGAAGAAACUGUACACCCUCAAAGUGGAAGCCUCCAACCCUCACGUCGAACCUCGCUUUCUCUACCUGGGUCCAUUUAAAGAUUCAGCCACUGUUAGAAUUAUGGUAGAAGAUGUAGAUGAGCCCCCCAUCUUCAGCAAACUGGCCUACAUCCUACAGAUAAAAGAAGAUGCUCAGAUAAAUACGACAAUAGGCUCGGUCACAGCCCAAGACCCAGAUGCUGCCAGGAAUCCUGUCAAGUAUUCUGUGGAUCGACACACAGAUAUGGACAGAAUAUUCAACAUUGAUUCUGGAAAUGGUUCCAUUUUUACAUCGAAACUUCUUGACCGAGAAACACUGCUGUGGCACAACAUUACGGUGAUAGCAACAGAGAUCAAUAAUCCAAAGCAAAGCAGCCGAGUACCUCUAUAUAUUAAAGUUCUAGAUGUCAAUGACAACGCUCCAGAAUUUGCUGAAUUCUACGAAACCUUUGUCUGUGAAAAAGCAAAAGCAGAUCAGUUGAUUCAGACCCUCCGAGCUGUUGACAAGGAUGACCCUUACAGCGGGCACCAGUUCACGUUCUCUUUGGCCCCGGAGGCAGCCAGCGGUUCAAACUUUACCAUUCAAGACAACAAAGACAACACAGCGGGAAUCUUAACGCGGAAAAAUGGCUAUAAUAGACAUGAGAUGAGCACCUAUCUCCUGCCUGUGGUCAUUUCAGACAACGACUACCCAGUCCAAAGCAGCACGGGGACAGUGACCGUCCGGGUCUGUGCAUGUGACCACCAUGGGAACAUGCAGUCCUGCCAUGCCGAGGCCCUCGUCCACCCCACGGGACUGAGCACGGGGGCUCUGAUUGCCAUCCUUCUGUGCAUCGUGACCCUACUAGUGACAGUGGUGUUGUUUGCAGCUCUGAGACGGCAACGGAAAAAAGAACCUUUGAUCAUUUCCAAAGAGGACAUCAGAGACAACAUUGUCAGUUACAACGACGAAGGUGGUGGGGAGGAGGACACCCAGGCCUUUGAUAUCGGCACCCUGAGGAAUCCUGAAGCCAUAGAGGACAGCAAACUACGCAGAGACAUUGUGCCCGAAGCCCUCUUUCUACCCCGACGGACUCCAGCAGCCCGUGAUAACACCGACGUCCGAGACUUCAUUAACCAAAGGGUAAAGGAAAAUGACACAGACCCCACGGCCCCACCCUACGACUCCUUGGCCACCUAUGCCUACGAGGGCACCGGCUCAGUGGCCGAUUCCCUGAGCUCGCUGGAGUCGGUGACCACGGAUGGAGACCAAGACUAUGAUUACCUUAGUGACUGGGGCCCUCGGUUCAAAAAGCUCGCAGAUAUGUACGGAGGGGUGGACAGUGACAAGGACCCCUAAUAUGUUGCCUUUUUCAUUUUCCAGUACGACACUGAAAUAUGUGAAGUGGCUAUUUCUUUCUAUUUAUCCACUGCUCCGUGAAGGGUUCUCUGUUCUGCCCGUUCCAAAAGUCAAUGGCUGCAGUCGUGUGGAUCCAGUGUUAGAGACUUUUUUCUAGUACACUUUUAUGAGCUUCCAAGAGGCAAAUGUUUAUUUUUUAGUGCAUCCAGUUAACCAUGUCAGCCCAACAGGCACCAUGCUGGAGGAGAAGACAGAGAGUAGUAACAUGCUCAAUUCUACUGACCUGGCCUUUUUUUGUACUACCCUCUAUUGACUCAGGUCAGCUGACUGCUCUGACUGUACAUUUCACAUGCUAAUGGGAUGAGGGAUUGUACUUUAAUGAUAAAAUAUAGUUUUCAUAAAAAAAAAUGAGGGAGGAACAACUGUGAAGUCGUUCCUGGUAUAUCAACUCACAAGGAGAUAAUGAACUAUAUAUGGGUGUGUAUGUCUGUCACAAAGAAUUUAAAAUGACAUUUGCCCAUCCUGUUUGUUCUUCAAAAACCUUUUCUAGCACCAAUGAUUAUUCAAAACAUGAAAUCCGCCUAUAUUUUAAGAUUCUCAUUCCUCUUUAGGAAUAGAAGCGAAUUAAAUGGUAACAUUCAAAAACAAUAACCAAAAAAAUAAAUAAAUAAGGCCUCAUUCCUCACCACUAACUCAUAAUUUGUUGUAUAUUAGACAUGCAAAAGUUUGCCCUUGUACCAUUCAAAUGGAAAGGGAAAAUAACUAAUAAUGCUAACAAAGGAAAUACUUAGUAUAUUUUAAAGUUUGGGCCACCAAAUGUACCACAGAUCACUUGAAAUUUUUUCAACCAUCAGGACGUUAAUUACAAAUAAGUUUAAUUAUUUAAAAGUUCUUGAAGGAACUUUUCUGAGAUACAUUUUAACUCCUUGUCUGUAGUUGUCAGUAUUAUCCUAAUAUAUACUUGAAAGUAGCAGUGUGAAGUACAAUAAUUCGUAUUCUUUAGAUACUUCUUAUAAAACUAAGUUGCAUUAGUAAAGAUAGACUAAAUAAAACGUAAAUCCCGCUCUUGGAGUUUAAUAGGGUGGUGAGGGCCAGCCACACUUGAACCUGAUACCCUAUCCUUCACAUUCAGAAACACCUAUAUAUUUAUAUAAUGUGAUAGAUAUAGACAAACAUUGAAAUUACAGCAAAAACCUGCAUAUGACAUGUUUGGAGGACACUUAGAAAGGGAAAACUUGGAUUUCCUUCAACAAAAGUGUCUCAGAUUGUAAUUAAAAUAAUAGUUGACUUUCAAAAGCAUUAAUAUUUUUUUCAUUGUUUUUAAUUUUGUUUCCAUGGCAACCCUGCCAUCCUGGUCUUUGAACUAAUGAUAAAGUAAUGGUCUCAAACUAUGACAGAAAAGUAAUGUACAAUCCAUCCAAUCUAUUAUUUCUUUAAAAAUGCAAUUAGCUUCAUAGUUAUUAUCCAGAGGACCCAACCGAACUAAACUAAUUCUUUUGUCAGGUUCAAAUCAUUUAUUUAAUACAGCCGUUCUAAUGAUUUUUAUCAUUAGAAUCUGACUUCCAAAGUACUAUAAUGAAUUCAUCCAUAUUUUGAAAACUUAAAAAAAAGGCUAUGUAUAUAUAUAUACACACACACAAUAUGUACUUAAGAAUAUGCUGACUUCAAUUAUUAGUCUUAGGGAUUUAUUUUCAAUUAAUUUUAAUUUUCUACAGGUAAUCUUAGUGUUAUUUCUACUUGGGGAUAAUGUCAUAUCAGCACAUAUUUUCCAUUUGGAAACACACUUGUUUAAUUAAGUUUUAAAUGGGUGUAUUACCCAGGAAGUAAAAAUGCCACCUUUAAAUAAGAGAAAUGCAGUGUUCGAGUUACCCAUUUAGAGUGAAAAAAUUUUACAACCAUAUUAUUUCUUGUGUUUCCUGAAUGGUUUCCUAUUUUGUAAAGGAUUUCCUUGUAUACUAACAAGUAUUUCAUGGCUUGGGUCAUUUUCUGCUUUCAGGGUUUCCUUUUGCUAGUUCUCCAUACACACACACACACACACACAGACACACACACACACACACACACGAAUGCAAACAAAAUACUACAGGAGGACUUCACUGUAAUGAAUCGAUACAUAUCAUAGUCACAGGUAAAUAUCGAAAAAAGAUAGUUUAGUGAAGUUAAUAACUAGUUAUAGCAAUAGCACAGCACCUUAAUCACAUGACUUACUGUAAAAUUAAAGAGUUCUCUAUCCUUAUGUUUCAUGUCAUGUAACAAAUUGAAUCAAGAAAGAUGGUCCUAUAAAAAGAAAGCUAUCAUCAGAAGUCUUACUUUUGAACUUUCGGUGUUAAUUGGAAUGGCUGAGGGUUGAUACUAGCAACUUCUAAUGUUCAAGGGUAAGGUUUAUUCUCUCCUCGUAAGUGAAAGUAAGUAGUUUUGUAGUGAAAUAUUUGAAAUGUCAUUGGCAGGGUAUUUUAUCCCAUCCUGAAGAUGAUAAAGUGUACCAAGAACAGGUUAUGACUAAAUAUUGAAGUGUUUCAUUUCUUACCGCAAAACUUGAUGACGAAUUGAACCUCUAAGAAAUUGGAUUAUUUGAGACUGAAGCUGAAUAUUUAGCACUAGGGUCCUGUAAGUAUUGAGGUAGAGUAAUAUUUUCCUCCAACUAAGACUCUUUGACAUCGUGGAAACAAUAAGAGCCACAGUUCCAUCAUUCUAUAAGGGUCUAACUUCCUUCCCACGAAGAUAUCAGGCAAAGGACCAGGGUCAAUAUGAGUGAUCACUGGAGAAAAAAAUUCGUUUUCAGCUCACUUUUCACAUUUUCUCUCUCAUGAUAUUAGAUGUUAGUGAUGAGAAAGAUGGAAAGGGGGAAGAGGUAAAAUUUUUCAUAUUUGCUUUAAUCACUGAGAAACUUAAAUUCAUUAAAUAUAAGCAGAUUGCUUUAAUGGGUUGUUUUCAGGACAUUUUUUCUCCUCUAUUCAAAGGGGAGAAUUUUUCUAAACCAUAAAGAUGUUCACUGGAAUAAGCCAAAAUUUUAAAAAUAUUAAGCUAUUGUGCAUAAAUUUAAAGCCCCUUCACUUCAUGGCCACUUUCUGCUGAAAGGCCUCGAAAAUAUUCGUCCCCAAAUAAAAAAUUAAAUCAAAUGGGAGAGAAGCAAAGAUGGUUCUACAGAACCAUAAGAGAGGGCAUCUGGGCACAGUAAAUAUGUUUUUUUUACAGUGCUUUCUUAGCUUUACAGUUUAGGUGCAUAAAGAGAGGUUCAGAUACAAAUUGUCUUCAUUUUCAGAUGAAAUAAAUCCUGGCAAUUCAGUUUUAACUCAGCAUAAAAAUUUUGUGGUUUAGUUAUCAUUUUCAGCUCUUAAAAAGUUGUGCAAAAGUCCUGAAAAGCUGAAUCUUUAUCUUAGACGCAUCCAAAUUUUAUGGUCUGAAUUAAAUUUAGAAUGUUUCCAUUAUUUUCAUUUUCAAGUACAUAAAUUUUAGAUGACCUGAUUUGUUGAACAAUACCUUAUAUCAAGUGUUUUGCCUUGCAAUGGGUAUUUUAUUGGAAAUAAUAAUGUAUAAACUAUGAUUGGGUAUUCCUCAAUUCUGAAUACUUGAGGAACGUGAAAAAUAUGCAGUUGAAAAGAAAGAACUGACUCCUGAAAACAAACUAAAUAUUUAAAUCAGGUAUAGCUACAUGCAUUUUCCCUAGGAACUGAACCACCAAAUAAAUUACUGUAUCUUAGUUAUUAAUUUUGAAGUAGUGAAAAUACUUUAGAAAAACGCUCUAAAAAGUCGCAAUCUCCACUCUUGAAAGGUAUCCUCUGAAAAAUCAUGUUCGUGUACUUUUAGUUUUUAUGCUUUUAUCUAGAUGAAAUCUGUUUUGAAUUGUGACAGAAUCAAAAGUCUAAGUCCACUGUGUUUACAUUAACACUACAACUCAGCCUUCUUUAUCAGAUUAUAAGAGUGGAAAGAACAAGACUUUGUGUGCGGAUGUUCAGCAAGAUUAAUUUUUCCAACAAGCAGCUUUCCUUUCCAAAGAGUACAGAAUUCCAGUACGGUCCCCUUAAAAGUUCAGCGCUGUUACAAUUGCAGCAUUUUUAAUCUUCCUUUGGUAUCUUUAUGGAAUAAUUUUAUAAAGGGAUAAUUCUCUACUAAAAUAUAUCAGACCCCAACCAUACUCAAUGUGCAGGGCAAUACUCUCUUAGAAAAGAAAUACAUGGACUCAUACUCUUGUUAAAAGUUAAUAAAGAAAUAGCUCAUUUUUAAAGCCACAAGUUUAUGGUCUCUGCAUCGUCAAUUUAAUUUAAGCAUUGCUGAGACAAUCUUUAAUCUACUCCCUGUUUUAUAAUACCUUAUUUAUGGUGCAUUUUCAUUUUUUUAAUUUGGGGGGAACAUUAGCCUGACAGAGCCAGCAGAUAAAAGUGCCGAAAAGAGGUCAAAUAGAAACGAAGCCUAUUACCAACUAUAUUUCAGACAGGACCAAGGCACUUACUGAGAGCUACUGGGUUAUUAGAUUAAUUUCAAAAGAGCUUUUACAAGUUACUUAAUUCUUUUUUUUUUUUAAGCCCAUGCACCACAAACUCAAAUUUUUCUUCAAAUGGGGUUAAUUUGACAAAUGAGGCAUGGACCCAGCGCUGUGGAAAAAGCAUUCCACUAUAAUGAGAGUUUGCUCUUUCUUGCGAGACUAUGCUAUAUAUGUAAAUAUAUCUAGAGGCACCUUCUAUAAGUUUUUAGUUUUCUAUGAUCUAUUAGUUUAGUGUUUAUUAAGGAAUUAAAUGUAUAGAAUUGCUAGGCAUUCAGGGGGAAUGCUAUGUAGCAAAAGUAAAACUGAUCUGCUUGGAAGAAAUAUAAGAACGCUUCGAAAUCACUGUACUUUUAUGUUUGUGAUUAUUUUCAUUGCUGUGAAAGUAAACCACGUAAAAAUAGGCCUUCUAAUACAUGCUACAUGUGUCUUCAGUCAUACCAAGCUAAGGCCAUUUGGCAUUCUCCUACUGUGAUUUGUGAUUUUAAACUCAAAAAAAUAAAAGCUUCUGGGUAUCGAUUGUUUUCAAUUAAAAAUACUCCCAAGUAUAAAUUGAAGCUGAUGUCACCCCUGGAAAUUUACUGGUUGGAGUGCUCAGUUCAUGUCAUUUUUCUCACUAUUGCUUGUGUCUUUGGCAAUAAGAACACCUGAUGAAAACCAUCAUUGCUCAGCUUUCAUCAACAUUUCUAGCUAGGGAGAUUUUUAUAACUUCACAAUUUAUAUGAGAAAGUUUCCUGUACUAGAAGAAAGGGGUUGAGACAAUUACCUUUCAGCUCAGUGUGGCCAGGCCUUUUACUGUAGUCCUAUGGCAAAUAUACACUCCUUGAAAUGGCUUCUUUUAUUUCCCUUUGUUUUCUUAGAAGUAUAAAUUUGAAAAGAAUGCAAUUUAAAAAGUGAUUUCUCACAAAGAGUAAAUAUGCCUUUUGCAAAUCAAUUUUUGUAACAAGUUAUUUAUAUGAUAUUACUUAAUAAACUGGUUUUUUU